AUGCUUACCAGGAGGGUUUUAACAGCCUCGCGAUUUUUGCUGGCUCAACGUUCUGCCGCACCGCAAUUGAGAUAUCCACUUCCAGUUAUCCAGCAAUUUCGCAGUUAUGCCGACAAAGUUGUCAAAGUACCAGAGAUGGCCGAAUCCAUCUCUGAGGGUACUUUAAAGCAGUGGUCAAAACAAAUCGGUGAUUAUGUUGAGCAGGAUGAGGAGAUUGCUACAAUUGAAACAGACAAAAUCGACGUUGCUGUUAAUGCUCCCGAAGCUGGCACAAUAAAGGAAUUCUUAGCCAAUGAGGAAGAUACUGUUACUGUUGGUCAAGAUCUUGUCCGUCUUGAACUUGGGGGUGCUCUAGAGGGUGGUGAUAAAGAAAAGGCCUCUUCGGAACCAAAAGAAGCAGCAUCAAAAGAUCAAUCAACAUCUUCGGAUCCUGAGCCAUCUAAGAAGAAGGAUUCGAAACCUAAGGAGGCUUCUAGCUCCCCUCCACCUACGGAGAAGAAAUCGGAACCAAAAGAGACACCAAAGCCAAAACCUUCGGAAUCUAAGAAGCAAGAUCCAACAUCUAGUAGUUCUGGAGCUUCUUUGGGCAACCGUGAGGAGCGUCGUGUCAAGAUGAACCGAAUGCGACUACGUAUUGCUGAGCGUUUGAAGCAAUCGCAAAACACCGCCGCAUCUCUAACGACUUUCAACGAGGUUGACAUGUCAUCUUUGAUGGAAUUCAGAAAGCUCUACAAAGAUGAGGUGCUCAAGAAGACUGGUGUCAAGCUGGGAUUUAUGAGUGCCUUUUCUCGUGCAUCUGUGCUUGCCCUACGAGACAUCCCUGCAGUAAACGCAUCCAUUGAGGGUCCAAACGGGGGUGACACCAUUGUCUACAGAGAUUAUGUUGAUAUCAGCGUCGCCGUCGCCACCGAGAAGGGCUUGGUAACUCCUGUUGUUCGCAACACUGAGAGCAUGGACCUUGUUGGUAUUGAGAAGACUAUUGCUGAUCUCGGCAAAAAGGCUCGUGACAACAAACUUACAAUCGAAGAUAUGGCCGGUGGAACCUUUACCAUUAGCAAUGGCGGUGUGUUUGGUUCAUUGAUGGGUACACCUAUCAUCAAUCUCCCACAAACUGCUGUUUUGGGUCUACAUGCUAUCAAAGACAAGCCCGUUGUCGUCAACGGCCAAAUUGUUAUUCGUCCAAUGAUGUAUCUGGCCUUGACCUAUGAUCAUCGUCUACUUGAUGGAAGAGAGGCUGUCCAGUUUCUGGUUAAGAUCAAGGAGUACAUAGAGGACCCAAGAAGAAUGCUUUUGUAG